CUUGAAAGCGCCACAUGUCCAUACGCACCUCAAGGCUAUCUCGUCCACUGCUCGCCCUCUCGCGUCCCCUGCUGUUAUCCACAUUAUCUACCUCAACCACACGCCCCGUCCGCCCGACUGUGCCCCUCCCCGCCCUCCGCCCCGUGAUCCCCUCACACGCCAUGACGAUGUCAACCCGCACACCCGACGCAGCCAAGGGCCCCAAAGUCCACGUCGCGCUCGUCCAGCUCCCCGCCGCCAUGCCGGGCGGAAAGGCGGCGCAGGUGGCGCGGAUGCGCGAGAUGGUGCGCGACGCGGUAUCGCAGGGCCGGGACGCCGGCGAGGCUGUCGACCUCGUCGUCUUGGGCGAAAUGUGGAAUGGCCAGCCUAGCCACGAUGAGCUCGUCAAGAACGCCGAGCCGAUUCCCGCCGUCGGGGCGCCGGAGGCGUCGUGGCCUGCCGAGGCCACAACGUGCCGCGAGAUGGCGGAUGCGGCGCGCGAGAGCGGUGUAUGGCUGCUCGGCGGAAGCAUACCCGAGGCCGCGGAUGGGCGGCUGUACAACUGCGCGACGGUGUGGAGUCCCGAGGGCACGCUUGUGCAGACGUACCGGAAGACGCACCUCUUCGACCUCGCACUCGAGAAGAUGACGUACAAGGAGAGCGACACGUUCGGCGCCGGCGACAGACUAGCAUCGUUUGACACUCCUUUCGGCCGCUUCGGCAUCGCCAUCUGCUACGACAUCCGCUUUCCCGAGAUCGCGACGAUCGCGGCCCGGCAGGGGUGCACGGCCAUGUUCUACCCCGCGGCCUUCAACACGCACACCGGCCCCAUGCACUGGGAACUGCUGCAGCGUGCACGUGCGCUUGAUAACCAGAUCUACGUUGCGACGUGUAGCCAGGCGCGUGACCCCGGCGCCAAAUACGAGAUCUACGGGCACUCGAUGGCAGUAUCGCCCAUGGGCGAGGUGAUCGGCACUGCACAGGAGAAAGAGGCGAUCGUGCGCGUCACCUUCGACCCCGAGGUUAUUGCGAAUACGCGCGCAGGCAUCCCCCUCCUCACCCAGCGUCGCUUCGAUUUGUACGCCGACGUGUCCGUUACGCCGCCCACAGCGAACGGCAAAUGAGCACAGAAGGACAGUUGUCAGAAGUAAAUGUAAAGGUUGUCUUGUCCCAUGCUAGCUGAUACAUGCUUCUAAUGGUCUAGAAGUCGUCG